GUGGUUACAACAAUUGAGGCAGGAAUUUCAAUAAUGGUGGUAGUUACAACGGCGGUUAUAAUAAUGGCCAGCGUUAUUCAAGGCCAUGGAACGGAGGAUAUAGGGAGCGUGAUAAGGAGGAGAAAUUCGACAGAAUCAGGUCUGCUACAUGAGCAGGCUGAGGAGAGGGAGCAACACAAACGGGAGGCAGCAAGGGUAUUAGCUCUGGAGGAAGAAAAGAAAAGACUCCAGGCAGAUGAAGAGAAACGUGCAAAAAUUAGGAAGGAGAGGGAGUUGCAGGAAGCUAAGUUAGGACAAAUAGUUAGGUCGAGUAUGAAGGUCAUUUGUGAAUCUGCAUUGGGCAGGAAAGUGAAUCUUCCUGGUGACGAAGAGUCUGAGGUUAGCAAGUUGCGGAAGGAGCUUGAUGAUAUGAAGACAAGAUGUGCUGGGAGUUCGACUUCUUCCAGCCUCGAAUCGCUACGACAAGAGAAGGAGGCUCUGCAGAGAGCGCAAGAUCAGGGAUCUGGAGAGCAACGGCUGCGCCGUGAGAUUGAGGACUUGAAAGCCAAAGCCGGCGGCGUGCAGGAGGAGAAGAAUGAUGAUCUUGUUGCCUUGCAGAUGCAAGUUGCUGAGUUAAGCGGAUUCCGGAAGACGCUGGAUGAGAGGAAUGUUGAGCUGACUAGCCUGAAGGCUGAAAACGCGCACAUCCGCAAUGAGUUCAAGGACUUGCGUGAUGAGGUUGUACACCUUCGGAACGAAGGUAAGCGGGGUAGCACGGCAGUUACUGAGAAGAGUCCACCCGAAGAGCCAUCGCGUGGCAAAGUGAAAACAAGCGAGGCUAUGUACACUCCGAAGGAUCUUGAAGGGUUGCAUAAGGCGUACAAAGAGGCUCUGGUGCAGAAGGAGUUGGCUCUAUGCGAGGCCGAGGCGCUGAAGGAACGAAUGGCCAGGAUGAGAGCUUCUAAGUAUCGGCAGUCUGUUCGAAAAACCGGUUGCAGAAAGGCAACUCCAAGAAGUUUAAAAACAGCCUUGAAUGUCGUGGAGAUCGAAUCCGAUGGUGAGAAGGAGGUGCAGGAUGAUGUCGUGGCUAUGGAGAGAGGUCACACUAUCGGUGACGUGGCGCGUGAUCUGGAGGAAGAGAUGCACAAGAAAUUCAGGGAGAGGAGAAUGAAGGAAGUUCGCGCGGAGAAGAAGGCCGAGCUUGAAAAGAUGUGUGUGGACGAGGAGAUAUCCUACAUCAAACUUGAUCAGGCUAAGACCGAUAUCGUCAAAAUUCGUGCGCGACGGGACUAUGAUGAAUGGCUUAAGACGAAGGAGAUCCUUGAUGAUGAUCAUCAUCAUCAUCAUCAUCAUGAUUAUGCUACCUCCACGGAAGAGAUUAACGAUGAGUGAGGAGGCGCCCUGAGCGUAUCACACUUGCGGAGUUUGGCUUUGUUUUGCCGAUAUUAUCGAGGGUCGCUGCCUACUUUAGAGGUAACUUAUAUUUUUCGUUUUGUUGUCAUUCUUCUUAUUAUCUCUUGUGAAGUCCGAUGGGGUAACAAAUUUCGUAGUCUACU